AUGGAGUCCCAUUCCGAGUUGCAGCGCCACUUCGAGGACGCCAUGCCGCCGGAGCUCCGCAGGAAGCUGCACCGGCCACAUCUCUGGCUGCAGCACGAGGACCAAGACUUCGUGGGCACCGAGGACGUGGGCCGGUUCGUGAAGAUCACCCGCAACGAUCUGCUGGAGCACCUGCCGGAGGGUGGCUGCGGGGAGCUGUCGCGGGACCUGACGCUGAUCCCCAGCCGCGAGCGCGACGUGGGGCUGAUGGUGAGAAAGCUGACCAUCGAGCUCAUCGCGCAGCUAUCGCAGCUGCAGAACGCCACCGACGCCUUUGGCAAGCCCUGCAUCCAGAAGGCUGGGUUCCUGGUCGACGGCCACAAGGGCGUCGGCAAGAGCCAGGUGUUGAACCUGGUGGCCAUGUGGGCUCGCAAGAACGGCUGGCUGGUGGUGUUAGAGCCCACCCCCGGCAGAUAUGCCCGGGAGAUUGCCGACAUCAAGCGCUCCAACAACGGGAUUUACAUCCAGAGCGAGUUUGCCCAGCAAUUCCUGGAGGCCAUGUCCCUGGCGAAUCGCCAGCUGCUGCAGGAGAUCCCCGUGGAUCUCAGUAGCUACGGCUCCAGCGCCAUCGACGGAGAAUCCACGCAGGCGAGAACGGCAUUCAGCGCUGGCCCGCAGCUCAUGCGCCGCGCCGUCGCGCCUCCCCUAUGA